UUGAAUUUUAUUUUGUUUUGCAAAUCAACAUCGACCAUUUUUGUGAAAUCGGAACAUGAAAAUUUAAACUUAUUUUUGAAUAAAAGUUGGACUUCACGUGAUAAAAAUGGGGUUUGAUGAACCACUGCCGGCCGACGCCGAUGUGCACAGAGAACGAACCCUGACUGGAAAAAUUGCCCUGGUCGUUUUAGUUGUGAUGAUCGUUUUUGUAACAACCAGUUUUGUAACAACUAACUGGCUGGAGGGGGAUCCUAAGUUCUAUGGCACUAAGUUUGAAAAGCUUGGUUUGUGGGUUCACUGCUUUAGAUCUCUCCCUGAUUAUAAUGAUCUGAAGCAUGAACGGUUCUAUGCUGGUUGUCGAUGGAUCUUCAAUCCGUUUACGGAAGGAUAUGCAGAGAUUAGAACAUAUAUUGUGCCACCGUUCUUUGUUGCGACCCAAUUCUUCUACACGAUCAGCUUUGUCGGUAUGUUGGUGAGCGCUGGGAUGAUCUUGAUGUACCUCCUCUGUAUUGAUGACUACUACAGGGUCAAGGUUCUUCGUUGGAUCGGUUUCGAUCUUAUCGUUUCAGCAAUCUGUGGAACAAUUGCCCUCAUCAUAUUCGGAGCACUAGGCGACGGCAGGGAUUUCAUGCCGGAUUGGGAGCAGAACUAUCUGUCCUGGUCCUUCGGUCUCGCCUUCGUUGGGGUCUUCCUCAUGUACGUCGUGUCCAUCCUCUUCAUUGUGGAGGCCAGGAUUAUCCAAAGGAAGGAGACCGCCAGGGAGUCUCAGUUUCCAAUGGAGAAGCGGGUUUAGAUCUGAAAAAUGUGAGGUUUUAAAUUCAAGUUUUUCCGAAUUUUCUUAACAUUGUUAAACCUGAGGUCGGAAUUUUUGUGAUGUGGAUUUUCGUUAAUCUUAAACGCUUGAUCUCGAAAUCCAAUUUGGGCGCUUAAGGAUUAAUACUUGAUCCAUCAUUUUAAGUUUUUUCCGCAGGGUUUCACCACCAUGGGAUAUCGAGGAGAAAAUUUUAUUAAUCCUUAGGUCUGCAUAAGAUGGAGAUCACUGCUUGAACCUAAGAUUUACAACUCAAAAAUAAUAAUUUUUUUAUACACAAGACAGACGCAAAUCAACUUAAUUUAACUUUGGAAUUUUGAAAACAAAACGGUUUUAGAAGGUUUUUUUUUGUGACAGACAUAAACUUAAGUUUAUUUUCAUGCUGUACAUGCUGUAAACCAACAUCGUAAUGCAUUUACUUUAUCAUUCCAUAAAAAAACAAGCGUUUUUUUUUACAAAUCUAUAAACAUUCCGUCCAAUUCGUUUUUUGUUAAUCUAGUUUAUCAAUCGUAAAUAAGGAAAAAUCUCAAAUACUCCAAACAUUUUUACAUUUUUGUAUUUUUUUUCUUCAGAUCUCAUAGUUUGUAUUAUAAAAAGCAUAAACUUAACACUCACAUUUUAAUUUUUCAAUUCAGUCCCUGUAUCAUUGCAACCUUAUGGUGUAAUCUUUUUAUAUAUCAAAGUACAUAUUUGAUAUUGUUGAAUUAGCAAAAUGAGAUAUCAAAGAUCUACACUAUCAUCGGGGUCAAAUAUACAGUGAUCUGAAAAUUAGAGUUUGAGAGAAGUAGUAGGUUUCUAAAUCAGAUCAAGUACUUGUAGAUGAAAACAUUUUUUAUUAUUUUUUUUUUUCGAUAGAUCUGAUGAAAUAUUUAGUAUGUAUGUAAAUAUAUGUAUGUUCCGUUGUGUAUCAAGCUACGGCUAUAAACCUGAAUUAACACAUAUCAUUGUUAACACAGUAUCUGUAAUCUUACUUUCUAUUCUGCGCUUUUUGGUCCUUUUUUCUUUCAGGAUCUGUUAAAAUAUUCACCGUUUUUUUCUAUAUAAGACAAAAAGUUCAAAUUUUUAUACCCAAUGAAAAAUUAAACUUUUUUUAACUCCGUUAAUUGACUUAGAUUGAAAUGUUUAUCAAACCAAAUUUUUUCCACUUUUUCAUCUUUUAAAAAUACAUUAUGCAUGAAUGAAUUAAAAAUCGAAAUUGCUGUUCGUUUAAAAAAAAAACACUUUUUGCACGAACUUUAAAAAUGAAAACUCCUUAAUACAAACUUGGUAUAUACUUGGAGUUUAAACCUAUCGCGCACAUUUUGUAACAUUGUAAAUAUUUAAAUAUUUUUAUGUAAUUUCUAUGUAACAAGCAGUUGACAUCGUGAGAACGAAACCAGUUUAAUUAUGUAUAUAAACAAAUAUGAUAAAAGUAAACAUUCCGUCCGUUUUGUACAGCUCAAAUCCUGGCUGUACAACACUAAAAAAUAACAAUAUUUUUUUGUUCGAUCUGUAAAUGUAGUAAUCAUUUUUUAAUCUGCAUUAUAUCGAAAUACAUGCAUAAACUAAGA